AUGGGAACAUAUGUUCCUAAAUCUGGUAGGGGAAACACAAGGGCUGCUAGGAAUGGGAAGGGUAAGGGUAGUGAUGUGAUAUCUGAUGUUGAGGAUGAUGAGGACAGUGAAGAUGUUGACUUUGAGGAAACUGGCAGUGAUGGGAGUGAUGAUGACAGUGAGGAUGAAACAGACAUUGGUGACUUCAUUGUUGAAGAGGAGGGGUUGGAGGAUUUGAUGGAUGAAAUCCAUGAGAAGUCAUUUGAGGAUUGUUUAGACGGGAGCUCAAAAAUGGACAAAAAUUACAAGAAUGGGAAAGUGUAUGUUGAGCAGGAAUGGGGUUCAAUUAAGCUUGAGCCUUGGUUGAUAUUUAAAGAUAGGGAGGCUUUUCUUGAUGUUCUUAAGGACUAUUGUAUACAAGAGGGGUUUGGGUUAAGUGUUGAGAAGGCAGACAGUAGAAGAUACACUGCUGUUUGUGCAAUUGAGGGGUGUGAUUGGAGGAUUCAUGCUUCAAAGAUGGUUGAUAAGAUGAGUUGGGCUAUAAAAUCACUGACUGGGGAGCAUAAACAGUGUGGUAGACUAGAGGUGAACCCCAUAGUGACCACCAAAUGGCUACAAGUUAACAAGAGGCUAUUCUACAAGGUUAAGGCAGUGGCUAAGGAGAUUAUCCAUGGGAUUUUUAGUGAGUCAUAUGCCCUUCUACCUAGGUAUGCAGAGAUGAUCAAAGAGACUAAUCCUGGUAGUUAUGCAUUGAUCACAUGGCAUAAUGAUGGUGGGAAUGUGGACCCAAGGUUUAAGGCUUGCUUCUUCUCAUUUGGUGCACAAGUAAGGGGGUUCCUGAAGGGGUGUAGGCCCAUUAUUGGAAUUGAUGGAGCUCACCUUAGUGGGUAUUUCAAGGGGAUUCUGCUGUCAGCCUUGGGGAUUGAUGGCAACAAUGAGAUAUUCUUGCUUGCUUAUGGGGUUGUUGACACUGAAAGCCAAGAGAGCUGGACCUAUUUCAUGAGGAACCUCAGGGCACUGUUUCAGAGAGAAGGCUGCAACAAGGAUGACUGGACAUUCAUCAGUGACAGAAUGAGGGGGGUGGAUUUAGCUGUACAUGAGAACUUCCCUAAGGCCACUAGAAGGUGUUGCAGUCAGCACUUGUACAUGAACUGCAAGAAUGGUGGUUGGAGUGGAGAAUUGUUCCACAAACUAUUCUGGAUAGCUGCUAAUGCUUACAACCCCUAUGUGUACAACAAGGCCAUGGAGAAGAUCACUGACUUUGAUCCCAGGGCUACACAGUACUUGGAUACAUGUACUGAGCAGUGGUCUAGACAUCAGUUUGAGCCAGAAGUGUGUUGUGAUCAUAACACAACAAACUUUGUGGAAUCAUUCAAUGCUGUCACCAAGCCCUACAGGGAUUUACCAGUGUUGAGACUGUUUGAAGCUAUUAGGGAGUGGUCUAUGCAGAGAAUUGGGGUCAGAUUUGACAAAGCAGCAGACAUGGAGCCUCAACACUUAACUGAGCAUGCCAAAGUUGAACUGGAGUUGAGAACAGCUGAAUCCAGGUUUUGCUACUCUACUGCAUGUGGUGGUGGGGAGUAUGAGGUGAGGGAAGGCCAUGUGAAAUUCCCAGUCAACAUUGACAGGAGAACCUGUGGGUGUGGAGUUUGGCAGGUGUCUGGUAUUCCCUGCAAACAUGGUUUGAGGGUCAUUUACAACCAGAGACUAGACCCUCUGGACUUUGUGUCCCAUUUCUUCAAGGGUGCUGCUUAUAAGCUGGCAUAUGCAGAACAUAUGCACCCUAUGCCUGACCCUACUCAGUGGCCUGAGUUCAACCUUCCCACCAUUAACCCUCCUGGAAUUAAGAGGACUGCUGGAAGACCCCCUAAACAAAGAAAGAGGGGUGCUAUGGAAGCUAAGAAGAGGAAGAGGCACACUUAA